AUGCCUUCCUUCUCAUCUACCUUCUCCUCUAUCUUCAAGUCCUCCAAGAAGAAGAAUCCUACCAACAAGAACUCCUCCGACAUUGUGGAGAUGACAUCUACUUCAAAGGCUUCUAAUAAGAAGAUCACUACUACUGCAGCCAGUAAUGGCAUGAAUAUUGACAACGUGAAUAACAAUACCAACAAGAGCGACAAUAAGAUCGCCAAAGCCAGCUACAACAACAUGAACAAUAAGACUUUCAACAUGGCCGAUAAGAGCCCUAACAACAACUAUUACAAUAAUAAAACCUCCGCCACCACUACUACGAACGCCACCAACAACAUAAACAACAUCAGCAACGACUACAAUAAAACCAAUAACAACAUCGCCACCAAUGAUACCGAGCCAGUCGACCUCGGCAUACCUCGCAGAGGCCAGUACAUUACCCGCGAUGGCAUCGACGUCGUGGCAGUCCUUGAGACUUGGCAUCAAAUCUACACCGGAUGGCAGAUCGUCUCCGCUGAGCUAGAGAGAAAGGAGAAGAUGCGCCAACGUCGUCGGUUAUGUGAAAACGGAGUUACCCGACAACACAGACAGCAAUCGGGGAGUUGA